GGCGGGCGGCCGUGCCCGGCGGCUCCGGCAGGUGGAGCCCGGUCCCCGCGGCGGCGGCGGGCGGAGCGGGCCGGGCCGGGCGGGCCGGGCAUGGCGGGGUAACGGCGCGGAGCGACCAUGCGGCCCCGCCGCCUCCUGCCGCCGCUGCCGGUGCUGCUGCUGCUGGUGGCCGCGGGCGGGCGGCGGGCGCGGGGCGCGGCGGAGCCGGGAGCGCACGAGGUGCUGCUGAAGGUGCAGGUGUACGAGAGCGGGACGCUGGCCCCGCUGGCCCAGGCCACCCUGGAGGUCUUUGGCAACCGCAGCUCGCUGGCGGCCGGCACCACCGACCACGAGGGCGCCGGCGUCCUGCCCGUCCCCUACCGCCUGGGCACCUGGGUCCUCGUCACCGCUGCCCGCCGUGGCUACGUCCCUGCCUCCGUCCCCUGGCGCGUCAACAAGCUGCCGCUCUACGCCUCCAUCAGCCUCUACCUGCUCCCCGAGCGCCCCGCCACCCUCAUCCUCUACGAGGACCUGGUCCAAAUCCUCCUGGGAUCCCCAGGUGCCCGGGGGCAGCCGUGGGCGCAGUUCCCGCGACGGGCAGCCCGCCUGCCCCGCAGCUCCACGUACAGCCAGCUCGCCGCGUCCCUCACCGCCGCCACCGGCCCCGGCCUGGCCCGCGCCUUCCCCGCCUUCCUCGGGGCCGAGCAGGACGGCAGCGCCAAUGCCACCUGGCUGGAGCUGGCGCCCGUGGCGGCUCUCAGCGUCCAUCUCUUCACCGGGAACGGGACGGAGGUGCCGCUGGCCGGCCCCGUCCAUCUCUCCGUCCCUUUGGCACCCGACGUCGGGCCCGUGGUGGCCACCAGCGUGCCAGCCUGGAGGUUUGACCCCAAGAGCGGGCUGUGGGUGCGUAACGGGACGGGGCUGAUCCGUAAGGAAGGCCGGCAGCUGUACUGGACCUUCGUCUCCUCCCAGUUGGGAUACUGGGCAGCAGCUCUGCCCUCUCCCACCGCAGGGCUGGUGGCGAUGGCGGCGGGCGUGACGGACAUCACCACCUACCACACCAUCUUCCUGCUCACCAUCCUGGGCGCGCUGGCCCUGCUCGUCCUCAUCCUCCUCUGCCUCCUCAUCUACUACUGCAGGCGGCGGUGCCUGAAGCCGCGGGCGCAGCACCGCAAGCUGCCGCUGCCGGGGCCGCUGGACGCUGCCCGCCGGGACCAGGCCACCUCGGUGUCCCAGCUGGACCUGCUCUGCGCCGGCAGCCACCUGGAGACGGCGUCCUCGGCGGGGGACACCGACCUCCCCACCCCCGGGUUACCCCCCGCUAACCGUGACCUCCCUGCCGCCCGGCCGGACUUCUUCCAACCGCCGGCCCCCCCGCAACUCCGCGCUGGCCCCCGGACCCCCGCCGGCACCCUGGCCCCCCGCCGCCGCCAGCCCCCCGCGCCGGAGGACUAUGGGCGCCCCGGCGAAGCCUUCGGCCUCAGGGCCGCCCGCUCGGUGGACGGGCUGCAGCCGCCGGACGAGCAUCCCCGGGGGACCCCGGCUUUCCCUCCCCGGCCCCCCUCGCCCCCGGUGUUUUCCCGUUACGGGGGGCAGCCGAGCGAGCACCCCCUGCCCGAGCCCCCCCCCCGCCCGCCCUCGCUUGCCCCCCCGGGUCCCCUCCUCCUCUGCGGCCCCCUGGACCGGGGUGGGGGGCCGGAGGAUGUCUACCGGGGGGUGAUGCCCACCCUCCUCAUCCCCGCCCGGUACAUGCGCCUGGCCCCCGGCGAGCCGGAGGGUCCCCCCGAAACCGAUGGGGGACCCGGUUCGACGGUGGCGACGGCCGCCCCCGCGCCCCCCCCACCCGCCGGGCAACCGUUCGAGGAAGGGGAAAACUGGGGGGGUGCUCGCGCCCCCCAACCGGUCAGCGGCUCGGUGGCCAUCCCAGUGCUGCUGGACGGGUCGGCGGUGGCCCAGCUCAACGGGGAGCUGCAGGCGCUGGCGGGGCAGCAGUUAUUAGAAUUGGGGGGGCCCCCCCCUCCCAGAGCUUGGUUCGUCUCCCUGGACGGCCGUUCCUCCCAGGUCCGACAUUCCUACAUUGAUCUGCAGGGCGGCGAGAGGGGGUCCGGCCCCGCGCCCCCCACCCGCCUCCCCCGGGGAGUCGGAGGUGGGGGGGAGGACGGAGGGACCCGGCCCCCCCUUCCCGUCGCCUCCCCCGAGGACAGCUCGCUGGCCCCCUUGCUGGAGGCGGGGAGCGGGGGGCGGCGGGGGGGCGGCAGCGGGCGCAGCAGCGCUAGCGAAGCCCCCCGAGAUUCCCUGACCAGCCCCGAGGAGGAGGCGCUGGCCGAGGCGGGCGACGGGGGGGACGAGGGGGGCGACCGUAAAAGCCCCUGGCAGAAGCGAGAGGAGCGGCCGCUGAUGGUCUUCAACGUCAAGGCGGGGGGGGCCGGCAGUGCCCCCCGGGCCAGCGGUGCCUCCAAGCUGCCAUAGAAGCUGGGGGGGGGGGGGCUGUCCCCCCAACAUCAUUCCCCCCCCCCCCCCCGCUGUGGGUUCUACUCGUGUUUCUAAACGUUUUCUAUGUGGCGAGGCUGA